ACAAGAAGAAGAAGUCGAAUAUUGAAGAUCUUCUUAUGGAACUAACAGCUGCUUCAGAUUCUGUUGUAAAAGAUGAGGUUAUUGGAUCUGCUGCUUUUUGUCCUGAUGAUGGAUGCAUUCAAGAAAGUAUUAAGGUGAGUCAUGAUGAACUUGAAUCUGCAAAAGUUGAGAUGCGAGAAAUGAAGGAAGAGAAUGAGAAGCUAAAAGUAGUGCUAGAACAUAUUGAGAGUGAUUACAAGUCUCUAAGUCUCAAAUUUUUGAACAAAGUUGAGCAAAAAAAAUCUUCAGCCAAGCCAGAACUCCGGGAUAACAAGACUGAUCAUCUCAACGCAGAGUAUUUUAAUUCUUCUGAUCAAGAACGCGAGUUUGUCUCGCUUUCUCUCGGGAGAAGAAGCUCGAAUUCCCCUAGUAAUAGCAUUGCCAAUAAAGAAGAGAAGACAAAAAGCAUAAGCUUAGGAGCCAAAGAAGACGAAGAAUUGACCAAUGCGGGUUUGACUUUAGGACCAAAUAAUGUUGGAUUGGCAAAGGAAAAUCAUGCCAUUUCAAGCCUAGAAAAUAGCUCAGAAGAAGCUUCAGCCAUGAAUAAGGUCACCGGGAAGAGAAGUUUUCUUAGUGGUGAUGCUGAUGAUAACGGUCAGCAAAAUCUUGCCAAAAGAGCUAGAGUUUGUGUUAGGGCAAGAUGUGACACUCUUACGAUGAAUGAUGGUUGUCAAUGGAGAAAAUACGGACAAAAGAUUUCGAAAGGAAACCCAUGUCCACGAGCAUAUUACCGCUGCACGGUUGCACCUGCUUGUCCUGUUCGAAGACAGGUCCAAAGAUGUGUAGAUGACAUGUCAAUCCUAAUCACAACUUAUGAAGGAACACACAACCACCCUCUUCCACUCUCAGCCAUCUCCAUGGCUUCCACCACCGCGGCUGCCGCCUCCAUGCUCCUCUCCGGUUCCUCCACCUCGUCUCAAUCAAAUGCAACCGCAUCAGGAUUAGACGCCAAGAUGAUCAAGAACGGUAUGAACUUCAAACUUUACGACAACAAUUCAAGAUUCAUCAACAAACCAUUCUAUUUACCAUCAACCGGUCUCUCGCCAUUACAUCCUACCGUCACUCUAGAUCUCACGGCUCCUCCUAUGCCACAACCAUCUCCACCACCAUAUUCUUUGAACUUCAACAAAUUUUCUUCACUCGAAAGAUUCCCUUCGACAAGCCUUAGUUUCUCUUCUUCUUCUUCCUCCGAUUCAACUUCUACUAUCAACAUUCCCGCGAUUUGGGGUAAUGGAUACACUUCUUACAGUCCCAUUACAUACAAGAACGUCCACACCGGAUCGUCCCCGUUUCUAAAUCUUGGAAAGAUUCAGCCACAAAACCCUCUAUUGACCGAAACCCUAACGAACGCUCUUACUUCCCACCCAAGUUUCCACUCGGUGAUCGCAGCAGCGAUAUCAACUGUGAUCGGAACAGGAAACGGGGUUCAGCAAUCCUCUUGGGGCCGUAAUCUAAUGCAAAAGACUACUUGCCGAUUAAUCAACAAACUGCAGAUUCCAACAAUAAAAAAUAAAGGAUGUGAAGGGUAUCUUAGCAGCUUACUGAUGUCUAAUAUGGCGAAUCCAGGAAUGUUAUCACCGUUAAAUCUACCGUCGUCGCAAUUUCCAUUUUCUAUGUUCACGACUUCUUCUUCUUCUACGCCUAGUUUUGUGAACAAGGAAGAAAAAAGGCUAAACUUUAUAGCA